GCGCAACAGGUUCGCCGGCGGCCGCCUGACGACCGACGCGGCGGCGGCGGCGGCCGAGCAGGGUCUCCCGCACCCGUCCGCGCGCGCGCGCUGCGGGUGCCGAGGAGCGCGGGGUCGCGCCGUGACGUGCGGGAGGCGCGGCGCCAGAUGGCCAAGAGCUAGCAAGGAAAAUUCAAGACCAUGAUGGCUCAGUUUCCCACAGCAAUGAAUGGAGGGCCAAAUAUGUGGGCUAUCACCUCUGAAGAACGGACUAAGCAUGACAAGCAGUUUGACAACCUCAAACCUUCAGGAGGUUACAUAACAGGUGAUCAAGCCCGUACUUUUUUCUUACAGUCAGGUCUGCCAGCUCCUGUUUUAGCUGAAAUAUGGGCUUUAUCAGAUCUGAACAAGGAUGGGAAGAUGGAUCAGCAGGAGUUCUCCAUAGCCAUGAAACUCAUCAAACUGAAGCUUCAAGGCCAACAGUUGCCCGUGGUUCUCCCUCCUAUUAUGAAACAACCUCCAAUGUUCUCUCCUUUAAUUUCUGCUCGUUUUGGGAUGGGAAGCAUGCCCAAUCUGUCCAUUCCUCAGUCAUUGCCUCCAGUUGCACCCAUGGCUACCUUGUCCUCUGCGACUCCAGGGACCAGCCUUCCUCCUCUAAUAAUGCCUGCUCCCCUAGUGCCUUCCGUUAGCACAUCGUCAUUACCAAAUGGAACCCCUAGCCUCAUUCAGCCUUUAUCCAUUCCUUAUUCAUCCUCAACAUUGCCUCAUACAUCAUCUUACAGUCUGAUGAUGGGAGGAUUUGGUGGUGCUACCAUACAGAAGGCCCAGUCUCUGAUUGACUUAGGAUCCAGCAGCUCAACCUCCUCAACCGCAUCACUCUCAGGGAACUCGCCCAAGACUGGGACCUCAGAGUGGGCAGUUCCUCAGCCUUCAAGAUUAAAAUAUCGGCAGAAAUUUAAUAGUCUUGAUAAAAGCAUGAGUGGAUACCUCUCAGGUUUUCAAGCUAGAAAUGCUCUUCUUCAGUCAAAUCUUUCUCAAACUCAGCUAGCUACUAUUUGGACCCUGGCUGACAUUGAUGGUGAUGGACAGCUAAAAGCUGAAGAGUUCAUCCUUGCGAUGCACCUCACUGACAUGGCCAAAGCUGGGCAGCCGCUGCCGCUGACUUUACCUCCAGAGCUUGUCCCUCCUUCUUUCCGAGGAGGAAAGCAAAUUGAUUCCAUUAAUGGAACUCUGCCUUCAUAUCAGAAAGUGCAAGAGGAGGAACCUCAGAAGAAAUUACCAGUUACUUUUGAGGACAAGAGGAAAGCCAACUAUGAGCGUGGGAACAUGGAACUGGAGAAGCGACGCCAGGCCCUGCUGGAGCAGCAACAAAGGGAGGCAGAACGGAAAGCCCAGAAAGAAAAGGAAGAGUGGGAGCGGAAACAGAGAGAGUUACAGGAACAGGAAUGGAAGAAGCAACUCGAAUUAGAAAAACGGCUGGAGAAACAGAGGGAACUGGAGAGACAGCGGGAAGAAGAAAGGAGAAAAGAGAUAGAGAGACGAGAGGCAGCAAAACAGGAGCUUGAACGACAACGCCGUUUAGAAUGGGAGCGAAUUCGUCGACAGGAGCUUCUCAAUCAAAAGAACAGAGAACAGGAAGAAAUCGUCAGGCUCAGCUCUAAAAAGAAGAGUCUUCAUCUCGAGUUGGAAGCACUGAAUGGCAAACAUCAGCAGAUCUCAGGUAGACUUCAAGACGUCCGGCUCAGAAAGCAAACUCAAAAGACUGAGCUGGAAGUUCUGGAUAAACAGUGUGACCUGGAAAUUAUGGAAAUCAAGCAGCUGCAACAAGAACUUCAGGAAUAUCAAAAUAAGCUUAUUUAUCUGGUACCUGAGAAGCAGUUAUUAAAUGAAAGAAUUAAAAAUAUGCAGCUCAGUAAUACACCUGAUUCAGGGAUCAGUUUACUUCAUAAAAAAUCAUUAGAAAAGGAAGAAUUAUGCCAAAGACUUAAAGAACAAUUGGAUGCCCUUGAAAAAGAAACUGCUUCUAAACUGUCAGAGAUGGAUUCAUUUAACAAUCAACUAAAGUGUGGGAGUAUGGAUGACUCUGUUCUUCAGUGCCUUUUGUCUCUGCUAAGCUGUCUCAACAACCUCUUCCUCUUACUUAAGGAACUGAGAGAAAGCUAUCAUACACAGCAGUUAGCCCUUGAACAGCUUCAUAAGAUCAAACAUGACAAGCUGAAGGAAAUUGAAAGAAAAAGAUCAGAGCUAAUACAGAAAAAGAAACUAGAAGAUGAGGCUGCAAGGAAAGCAAAGCAAGGAAAAGAAAACUUAUGGAGAGAAAGUCUUAGAAGGGAGGAAGAAGAAAAACAAAAGCGACUCCAGGAAGAAAAAAAACAAGAAAAAAUUCAAGAAGAGGAACGGAAAGCUGAGGGGAAACCAGGUGAGACAGCUAAUGCUUUGGUGAAUUAUAGAGCAUUAUACCCCUUUGAAGCAAGGAACCAUGAUGAGAUGAGUUUCAAUUCUGGGGAUAUAAUUCAGGUUGAUGAAAAAACCAUAGGAGAACCUGGUUGGCUUUAUGGUAGUUUUCAAGGAAAUUUCGGUUGGUUUCCAUGCAAUUACGUAGAAAAAAUGCCAUCAAGUGAAAAAGCCGUAUCUCCUAAGAAGGCCUUACUUCCUCCUACAGUAUCCUUAUCUGCUACCUCAACAUCUUCUGAACCACUUUCUUCAAAUCAACCAGCAUCAGUGACUGAUUAUCAAAAUGUAUCUUUUUCAAACCUAACUGUUAAUACAUCAUGGCAAAAAAAAUCCGCUUUUACUCGCACUGUGUCCCCUGGAUCUGUGUCACCUAUUCAUGGACAGGGACAGGUUGUAGAAAACUUAAAAGCACAGGCCCUUUGUUCCUGGACUGCAAAGAAAGACAACCACUUGAACUUCUCAAAACAUGAUAUUAUUACUGUCUUGGAGCAGCAAGAAAAUUGGUGGUUUGGGGAGGUACACGGAGGUAGAGGAUGGUUUCCAAAAUCUUACGUCAAAAUCAUUCCUGGGAGUGAAGUGAAGCACGAAGAACCAGAAGCUCUGUAUGCAGCUGUAAACAAGAAGCCUACCUCCACAGCCUAUCCAGUUGGAGAAGAAUACAUUGCACUUUACCCAUAUUCAAGUGUAGAACCAGGAGAUUUGACUUUCACUGAAGGUGAAGAAAUACUGGUCACCCAGAAAGAUGGAGAGUGGUGGACAGGAAGUAUUGGAGAUAGAACUGGAAUUUUUCCAUCAAACUAUGUCAAACCAAAAGAUCAAGAGAGUUUUGGGAGUGGUAGCAAAUCUGGAACAUCAAACAAAAAACCCGAGAUUGCUCAAGUAACUUCAGCAUAUAUUGCUUCUGGUUCUGAACAACUUAGCCUUGCACCAGGGCAGUUAAUAUUAAUUCUGAAGAAAAAUACAAGUGGGUGGUGGCAAGGGGAGUUACAGGCCAGAGGGAAAAAGCGACAGAAGGGAUGGUUUCCCGCCAGCCAUGUUAAACUUCUGGGUCCAAGUAGUGAGAGAACCACACCUGCCUUUCAUGCUGUAUGUCAAGUGAUUGCCAUGUAUGACUAUGUCGCAAAUAAUGAGGAUGAGCUCAAUUUCUCCAAGGGACAACUUAUUAAUGUGAUGAACAAAGAUGAUCCUGACUGGUGGCAAGGAGAAAUAAAUGGGGUGACGGGUCUCUUUCCUUCCAACUACGUCAAGAUGACAACAGACUCAGAUCCAAGUCAACAGUGACCCAAUGUUGUCUUCCAGUUGUGAAAGCACCCCAGAGACCCACUAUCCAAGUUUGACUCUAGCGUGGAGGCAGGGCAGGCAGCCCUGAUCAAAUAUCUCCUACACAAUUCAGUUACUGCGUUUGAAUGUUAGAGCCACUUGUGAUUAUUUCUUUGUGUUUCUAAUUUAGCUAAAAUUUAUUUGUAACAAAUUAAAGGAUAGUGGGUCUUUGUGUGGCUUUCCCUGCUGUUCACUCUGGCAUCUUUAGCAUUUUUCUUCUUUUUUAAUUUGGUAACUGUAGGUCAUUAGCAUGCAUAUGGAGUUUGCCCUUAACAUGGUGGGAGUUCAAACACACAAAGACCCACUAUUUGCACAAACUGUUCUCGCUGGUUUGGAAUGGGCUGCCUUGCUUUUCUAAUGUUAUUGCCACAUGUAUAUUCAUUACAGAAUUCAGAUAAAGUUUGCUUAUGUUCAGCUGUUAUGUUUGAUCUAAUCCUGAUCACAGUGAGCUCUUGGCUUAAUGUGUGAUUUGCCCUCAAUACGCAAUGCUUACCUUAUUACUUUCUAAUAUGCCGCUGUAGGUACCAGUAUUUUAGAUUUGUAUGAAGGCCAAGAACUGGAAAUAACCCUUCCUCUAUUUUCUGUUUUGGGGGUGGGAGCAGUGCCCCUGGGGGGAGUGUUUCUUACCUCGAAGAGGAGGGAUGUACCCUGCUCUGACAACUGUGUGCAGAAGAUGGCAGUGGUCUGUCUUAGGUGCGCCCAUCGAGCACUGUGCUUGGAUAGCCCCCUUGGGAUUGUUAGGCGCUCGGGACAAAUGCAGAUACCGCACCAGGUGCUGCAGGGUCAGUUGCUCCUUUUUUAUGGAUGACCUAUAAGUGGGUUGUUUUUCAGGAAUGAAAGGCUCCCAACAUUGACUGUGACAUAUGAAACCUUCCCCAGCUUAGAGUAUUUAUUAAACAUUUUAAAGUCAGAAUUCAUACUACCUAUUUUAAUCAGACUCGCUAGUUGCAUGUCCCAGUACACCAAAAGACACUGGUCCAGUCUUAACGUAUUUAGUGAACAUUCUAAGAAGUCCUCAAGGAAUGUAGGUGCCCGAAGCAGACACACAGGCUGCAGUCAGGAAUGGCUGAGUAACGGGAGAUGUGUGUCUGUGACGCGCCUGGGAGGCUCGCAACUUGGUUUACCGUCCAGACUUCCCUGGCUGACGCCUGCUCUUCAGCCACAUUGGCUGCUUUGGCAUACGGUUUUACUUCUUUUCCUCGAAUGGAAAACACUUUAGGAAUAGCAGAUAUACACAGAUACAUGUGAGAGUACUUAGUUCAAACAAAAAGGGAUUUUAGUAGACAGUAUUAAACUGUAUUUAAAAAUCAGUGAGAAGUUUGUGCAAUUUAAAAUGUUUACAAACUGCAGUGCAAUCUACUGUUUGUGAAUGUCAGAGUAUUAUCAGGAAAAGUGUACAUGCAAUCAGUCUUUAUUUCCUCACAGUUUCCCUAAGAGUGAAAGGUGUUUUUAUAUCUUAGUUAGAGGUGUAUUUUGUGCAGUAUUUAUGUCCAUGUGCCUAUACCCAUAAAUUUUUCAGUCGUACAUUGCUUAGAUCAUAUCUUUACAACACCUGAGAAAGAAUCAACCACUUAGCUAAACUUCACAAAGUUCAAACAUCUAUUCUCCAAAGUACUUGACGUUGUUGGGAAUAGGGAGAUGGUAUUGUGCUCCCAGGGGUGAGAAGUCCAGCGAUAUAGGACACCUCAGUUGUCAGCACUGGGCGUCAUCGUGAUCCUCUUACAAAUGUGACAUCCAUAGGAAGGCAGGGACACCAUAUAAUAGGAUGAAUAACAGAUUUGCUCACUAAAAGAAUCUGCAAAGAUUGGGUCCUUGUGAAUUUAACUGACUUUUCCAAAUCAUAGGAAUUAUUUGAUCUUUUAUUUUCUGAACUUUCCUUUUUUUUCACCAAAGCUUCAGUUGAGUUCAGAUUAAGGACAGUUACAUUAAUUCCAUUUUAUACCCCGAGAUUAGAUAUCUGACCACUGUUAAUUCAUUGCAUUAUUAACAUAACAUUUCUUUUAUAAUUUUGAAUUUGGGCUUAUUUAAUACCAUGACAAAUUAUUCCAAAGAUAUUUUUAUAGCUCAAAUCACCUCACUUUUAUAGUGACAAAUAUAGUUUGUUAGAAUGGCAGGUAGACUUUAGCAUCUGUAAUCCAUCUGAAAAUAGUGCAGCAGGUAGCCACAGAUUAAAUCACAGAUUGACAUGUGUACACUGAAUGUCAGUCUGGAAAGUAAAUUUGUUCUAUCAGAUGCAAUAACCACUCUUUGUGCAAGUGUUCUGUCAUAUAUUUCAGAGAAAGUGAGAAAGAAAUUGUAUGACAUAAAAUAACCUGAAAUUCUCCUUCAGAGUGCAUACAGUCCUUUGCAGUUCCUCAUUCAGCCACAUAUCCAUUCUCUUCCUCAUUCAGGAAAAGGUACCUUUCAGUUUGCUUCAAAGGUAACAUUAGAAAGAAAGAGUUUAUCAGAAACUUACAAUUUUUAAAUGGAAGUACAGCUGAAUAAAUUUGAAUUCUGUAGUAGUUAAUGAAUCCAAACCCCUGUUUAAAGAUUGCAGUAUGUGAUCAUUAUUUUAAAGUAUGUGAUUAAGCGUGAUGGUUUUCCAGCAAUGAGAAAAGCAGUUCUAAAACCAAAGCUAAUGUUUAGAACAUUUGAAAAUUUGAAUCAACCCCAUUCAUUGUAUUAUUUCUCUAAAAUCUUAUCAUAAAGAGCUGUUUUAAAGUAACAAACUAUUUUUAAAAUGUGUCUACUAUUUUAAUGUAUAAAAAUACAAUAUGAAUGCUGGUAGGUUAAAAAAAAGAAACUGGGGAAAGGAAAAGUAGAGGAACACAUGCCAAUUCCAGUCCAAAACUUUGUUUGCCAAGUUUUCUUAGAAUGAAUUUUAGCAGGUUAUGAAUUCUUGUAAAUAGAAACCAUAAUGGGAAAGAGAGACUUUGCCUAGAGUGGCAUUAUUGGAUGCUGCUGUGAUGCUACUGUCAUGUAAUAAAUUAUUAAAUUGUUGCAAAGUGCUGUUUUUGCCUUAAAUUUUUAUUUGUGUGUCUUGAAAACUAUAGUGUUAAAAAGGUAUUGAGAUUGUGCAAAUGCUGGGCACGCUUGGCAUGAGAUAAUCUUUUAUUUUUACAAAAUUGUAAUAUAACUAUGCAAAUGUGUUUAUUAAAAGGACACAAGCUA